AAAGGCAUGAUUUAAGUAUGUUUUUUAUUACAUUAUCAUGGUGUACUUAACUAGAUUUAUUUGGAGCAGUUCAUACAAAAUAAAAUAUACUGAUUUGAGUUCAUAGGAGAUAAAUUAAAUCUAGGUGCUGGAAUUUGCAUCGUUAUUGUUUAUUUAAUUUUUUGCACCUUAAAAAUACUUUACAAAACGAAUUUUAUUUCACUGCCAAAUAUGGCUGUUCGUUGCCAAUUGUCAUAUAAAACUACUGUCAAUGUCAAUGUAACUAGUGACAUUUGUUUUGUAAUGCUGUAUUUAUUAAAAUAUAAUUUUUAAGGAUCAGUGUGUUUUAUAGAUAUUCAAUCUAUUUCUUCUUUGGUUUUGUAAAAAUGGUGAAAAUAAUAUUUCUACAUCCGGACUUAGGUAUAGGUGGAGCUGAACGUCUCGUGUUGGAUGCCGCAUUGGCCUUCAAAAGCAAAGGACACGAAGUCGCGUUCUAUACCAAUCAUCACGACCCAACUCAUUGUUUUGCAGAGACUAGGAACGGUACGUUUCCAGUAACUGUUGUGGGCGAUUGGAUUCCUCGUUCUAUUUUUGGAAAGUUUAAAGCGGCAUGUGCUUAUGUCCGUAUGGUAUAUGCUGCAGUUUAUUUGGCGUGGUACGUCAUACCAGUAGAAGAACCAACUCUUAUAUUCUGUGACCUCAUAUCACUAUGUAUACCAUUUCUCAAAAUGGCCAGAGGACCAUUUAGAAUAGUUUUCUAUUGCCACCAUCCAGACAAACUUUUGACCUCGGAAGGAGGGUUCUUGAAAAAAAUAUAUCGAGCUCCACUAAAUUGGUUAGAAGAACUUACCACGGCUAGAGCUGACAAAGUUCUUGUGAAUAGCAAAUACACAGCUAGAGUGUACCAGGAUGCAUUUCAAAACAUUAAAGAUAUGCCUGAUAUAUGUUACCCAUCUAUCAAUACUGAUUACUUUAACACUACUGUACCAAAGCCAUUGAAAGAAGUUGUACCAGUGGGUUUAGAUAAGUUCAUAUUCCUGUCAAUAAAUAGAUAUGAGAGAAAGAAGAAUCUGCAAUUGGCUUUAAAGGCAUUAGAUCAUUUAAAACAUGUAUUAAGUGAUUCCGAUUGGAAUAGGGUACAUUUAAUAAUGGCUGGUGGGUUUGAUCCCAUUAACUUAGAGAACAUGGAGCAUUAUAUUGAAUUGACAGAUCUGGUUGCUGAAUUAGAUAUUGAAGAUAAAGUCACAUUCAUGAAAUCUCCAAGUGAUGCAGAAAAAGUCUCAUUGCUUUAUCAUUGUAGAGCAUUAAUUUAUACUCCAUCUAAUGAGCAUUUUGGUAUUGUCCCCUUAGAGGCAAUGUAUUACAAAAAGCCAGUGAUAGCAGUCAAUAGUGGUGGUCCUACAGAGACCAUAGUGAAUGAUGUUACAGGUUAUUUGUGUGAACCAACUAGUGAAUCCUUUGGUAGGGCAAUGUGUAGGCUUAUAUGGGCACCAGAAUUAGUGGAGAAGCUAGGUGAAGCUGGUAGGAAAAGGUUUGAGACAAAGUUCUCUUUUGAUGCAUUCACAGACCAGUUAGAUGGAAUUCUGACAAGGGAGCGGCAAAUUAUCUCUGAAGUGCGAGCAAUAGAGUAUGAGCAGAAAAAAAAGAAAUAACAUACUGCUGACACUCCUACAAUAUUUGAUAUUGUUUGAGUGUUAUCUUUUAUGCAACAGAACUUUUGCUUAUUCAAAGGUGUACUUUAUAAAAAUUAAUAGUAUGGAUAUUUUGACUAAAAAAUAAACAAAAAUGCUAUUGAUCUCUUUAUUAUUGUUGUAUAUGUGUAACAUAUGAAAGUGUGUAUAUGUUGUAAUAAAUUAGAGCUCUCAAUGUUUUUGUAAAUGUUAAUUACAAAUAGAUUUAAAAAUUUUGAAUUGAUGUAAUAUAUGUUUUAAUAGAAAUGAAGAGGUAGUCUUUAAAUUCAUAUCCACUGAUCAAUAUCUUACCUUACCAACGUUUAUCUAGAAGAUUAAAAAAUAGAGUACAUUAAAAAACUAGGACUACCAGUGGCCCUUCAAAGAUUUCCAAAUUGUGUCUGGUUUGACUAUAAAGAAAUGUUGAGGGCAGUCUUUGUUUAUCAUUUCUAAUUAAUAAAAAGCUCCUGUAAACUCUGUACUAUUUCUAGUUUGUAAGAAGUAUUUUUAAACAUUUUACUGUUCUUGUAAAUUACUGUUAACAUUCUGCUAUAUAAUCUUACCAUAAAAUGGCCUAUUAAUAUUUCUUAAACAAUGACUAUUAUUGAAUAACUAGAUACAUACCGUUUUAAAAAUUGCUUAGAUAUGUGUAUUAUGUUACAAUGUGUUGUAGUAUAAUAGAGGUAAUGCAAAUUAAAGUUUGAAGAUGAAUCUUAUUGUAUUGUUAAGACACUUGCCUGCAUUUUGCACAUUCCCAUAUAGCUACAGCUCUAUUUGAAUACUAUGCAAAUACCAUGUCUACACAAAGAAAGAGGUAAUUCAAGUUAUGUGGACAAUAUCUGCGGCUUUUCUAAAUAAAGGAUUUAUUGGAAU